UUCUUCAGAAUCUUGGUUGGCAAAAGCAAAAACGAAGAAGAAGCCCUAGCACCAAGCCGCUCCCUCUUCCUCUCUUCUCCAGCGUUUUCCGGCGACGUUUCUCUCCGUCAAGGCACUCUGAUUGGCCUCAAGGCAGUUUACUCCGGUCUGUAAAUUCGGACAUUUUUGAACACCAACGACAAGGUAACCACGUAUGACUGAGCUAAUUCAAUUGUGCAUCUUUCCUGCUCCGCUAAAUGAAAGUAUCGACUGAACGGAAGUUUUGCUUGAUUGAAAAUUCUGUCUAAUAGACAGUAUUGAAAGUUUUGUUUCUUAAAGUUUCAGCUUCAAGGAGAAAAGAAAUGUUUUACUCGCACACAUUGUUGGCCCGUAAAACCCCAUUGGGGACCGUGUGGUGUGCAGCUCAUUUGCAGCACCGUCUCAACAAGAAAGACUACGAGAAGACUAAAAUUCCUAUCGUCGUUGAUGCAAUCAUGUUUGGAGAAGUUCCUCUAGCCCUGCGAACGUCAAGCUACCUUCUCUUGGGUGUUGUGCGAAUUUAUUCAAAACAAAUUGAUUAUUUAAAACAUGAUGUCGAUGUAUUGGUGAUGGAGCUACGAAAAAUGUAUAUGCACGCUUCAGCAAAACUCACUUUGCCUGAGAAUGCCUAUCAAGCACCUUUUCAUUCUAUCACUUUGCCUGAGACUUUUGAUCUUGAUGCCCUGGAAUUGGAUGGUGAUACAUAUCAUGAUGGAGUUCCAGAUACUCAUCUCAGGAGUCUGGAAGAGAUCACUCUAGCAGAUCAAAUUUCUGUUGGAAGAGAUACUUAUGUAGAUAUAUCUUUCGAUGAGGAUGUCAUGCAGGAUUUAUCACAUCUUGGAGAGUCUCCUGAUUUGGGGAUCCAAUCAAUGGAAGAUGACGUGAUCCCUCCACCUCAUGUGGAUACUACUAUAAAUGUUGAAGUCCCAAGUGUUAAUGAAGAUGUACUUAACAUGACACUUGAUGAGGACAAUAUGGCACAAAGUUUUCCAGAAGUUGAAGUUCCGGAUCCCAUGUAUGUUCAAGAUUUUGGUCUGAGUAAUCAAAGCAUGCGUGAAGUUGAUGACUCUCCUGAAAAUGUUCGAGAAAGGGAAGGUCUACAAGAAGAUGUCCCUGAUUUUAUUACAAAAGAUGUUCCUACGGUGUCUCCACUUGGUAAGGAUGCCAUGACUGAACCACAAAGCCUCAUAGACGAGAAUAUAAAUCAGGAAGAUCUUUUACCAAUCAUGGAAGAAAAGACGACUCUUCCAAGUACAUCAUUACCGUAUGAGCAAAGUGCCGGACCUCCAACUUCUGCUUCUCCACCAGAGGCAUUUAAACAAUCUUCCGUGGAACAUGUUCUUCAACCCACUCCUCCACAGCAGCCAAGGCCAAGAUCAAGGAAGAGAAAACAAUUCUUUGACAAGUCUACUGUGUUGACUAAUAAGUUUAUGAAAGAGGCUCUCGAGGAUUCUAGUGAUUUAUUACGUGAGAGGAGAAACAUUCCAAGCUCUUCUUUGGAGAUAUGGAAGUUAAACAACAAGUUGAAAAAGGAAAAUGUUUUCUAUCAUCCUUCCAUCACUGGUCUUUGUCAUGAUCUCUCUGAUAUUUUUAAUGUAAGCUACAUUGCUUCAAAAUGUCGUACAACAUCCUUGGAGGAACAUUUUAGGGAUCAUGGUGAUACGAGAAACAUUGCUUCAACAAGUGAAACUUUCUUCGGCGAAGCAGAUGCUCCAUCUCCAGCUCCAGAAGAUGCUUCCACUUCACAUACCGGAAUUCCAACCACCGACGUUCCUGUUGGAAACAUUCCUUCAGCAGGCGUAACUUUUUUGCCCUCUGUAGUUGCCUCAUCUCUAGCUCGAGAAGCUGCUUCUUCACCACAUCCUAGAAUUCCACCCACUGUCGAUCCUGCUUCUGCUUCCUUUUCUGAUAUGGAGAUUGAACAUUGCCGUGAUGUUGAGGGCAGUAGGGGGGAUGAUACCUUGGCGGACUUGGUUGUUCCUCCAACAAGGUUUAUGCCUUCUCCUAGGCCAUCUGAAGGCUUAGGUUCACCAUCACUAAUAAUUUCAUCUACUGGAAGACUGUCAACGCCUGGAUCUGUAUCAACUGAACCUUCAAGAUCCAUGUUUGAAACUCCUGGGACAGCUGACGAGGGACUGGAUGCGUUAAAUCUUACACUCUCGGGUAUUCCUGAGCAGAUUAGUACUGCAGAUGAGGAUCUUUAUUUCCUGGAAGCAGAUAGCUCACCAACUGGUAAAUCAAGGUCUCAGGGAACUCAUGGUGUUGACUCGUUGUCAGUGAGAACGAGGGCUGUAGGUCGGUAUUUAAGGAGUCUUUCUCCUAUAAAAUCAAUCUCAAAUGAUUCGACACAAGAUCUUUCUUUGAAUGGCAUCCUAGAAGGAAAAAGAAGAAAGCUAUGCGCACGGAUGUUCUAUGAGAUUCUGGUUUUGAAGAGUUAUGGACUUAUCGAUGUACAGCAAGAUGUACCUUAUGGUGACAUCACUUUGAAAUUGACUCCAAAGCUUUCUAUGCCUUAAAUAUAGCACACAUUAUAUAUUUGGCUAAGGUGUGCACUGUAUUUACCGGUUGCUGAUGACCCUCUGACCGCAUGGUAGUUUCGGGUAAAUGUUCCCUGUUGCAAGAGGAGUUGGAUCGGUGUAGCAGUAGCAAAUUUUGACCCAUGUAUAGCAUGGUUUGUAAUGGUUUUGUGGUAAAAUGCCUAAAUGUAAAUUAUUAAAAGGCUAAUUAUCACUAUUUUGUAAAUCACAUCUUGUAUUUAUAGAUCAUAUCAGAACUCGUACAUUUGAUGCGUAGAACAUGUCUCUUGCAUCGGUUUUGUUUAGAUUCAGGAUUUCCUUAGAUUGCCUUUCCAAGAUUUUCAGCAUGAUUUCUUUAACUUAAAAAUAGUUUUUUAAGCACUUUAAAUGUCAAUCCAAGGAGGCUUUAAAUGGGUAAUCAAAUUGGUUAUUACAAGUGUAAUUGCUCCACGGUAGGUGUGAUGAUCUACUACAUGGGUGAGCCCUUUGGUUCAAGUUUAGGAUGACCCAACAAUGCCUAGGAAAAGUAGAAAAGAGCAGAAGCAUCCAACUCCAAGCAGUCGAUAACUACUCAUAGCUAU